AUGGUGACACUAAAGGAGCGCAGCAGGAGCGAGACGAAUUAUUCUGAUCAGCACCAGGAGAAGCCAGUGUUAAAUGAAUCAGGGACAGAACCAUUGAGUACAGCUGAAGACUGUAAUAAUGGGAGCUCCAGUGCCCAUUCAGCUGUUGUGGACCUAAUUGAUCUUACCUCCCUGUCUCAUGAUUCAGAGGUCUUCAUAAGUAUCCCGGUAGCUGUAUCCUCUGAAAGCCACCUGGAUGACACUCUUCCAGUGUUCUCUUCCACAGAGGAAGUCACCAGUGUUGCCCUUACUGCAUCCACUCCUGUUUUAGGAGAUUGUGUUGACCAUGCUUUCUAUUUAAGUGGUAAUGGACACUAUGACCCCCUCUCAGAGAUCCAGCAGGAUGACACUGUUUCAGUUUUCAAUUCAACAGAGGAAGUCAUCAGUGUUGCCCCUUUCACAUCCACUCCUGUCUCAGAGGGCCAUGUUGAACAUACUGAACAUUCAAGUUUUGAUGCAGGCUACGAGCUAGUAACAGGCACAGAUGCAGAUGGCGUGGCCAGGGAUGUCUAUGCAGCUUUUUGGACAGAAUUUUUGGAUUGUGCAGCAGAGGGGGCAGAAAUGAGAGUACCAUGCCUGUCACCAAAGUGGCAGGAAGAGGAAUGGAAGGCUGUGGGACGAAUAUUAGCCAAGGGAUUUCUGGACCAAGGAUACUUUCCAUUGCGCCUUGCCCCAGCAUUUACCACAGCACUGAUAUUUGGGGAGCAUGCUGUGUCUCCUGAUUUGCUGUUUGAAUCUUUGCUGUUGUACCCGAGUCAGUGUGAGAGAGAUCUUGUAGCGACUGCUUUACAGGAAGACAUUGACAGUGAUGGCCAGGAUGAGUUAUUGGAUCUACUGGAUCGGCUGGGAGUCAAAAUGGUUCCAUCACGAGAUAAGCUUAAAGCAGUCCUCCUUCAAGUAGCACACAAACAAAUAAUUCAGCAACCAAAGUAUGCUCUUGACAACAUGUCUGCAGUUGCAGGACAACUCCUGAGGACCACCAUAACCACAACAGCAAAAAUACAGGUAAUGUAUGAAGACAAAAAACCAACUUGCAGGAAAGUCCUGAAGAUGAUUGAAGCAAGUCCAGUUACUCCAGCUGAGAAACAAGCCUUCAGAUUUCUACAGCAGUACAUACGACAAUUGGAUGAGCCGGGUCUCAAACGGAUGCUGAGAUUUGUAACAGGCUCAGAUAUCAUCUGUGUUACACAGAUUGAAGUCAUAUUUACAGCUUUGGAGGGACUGGCACGUCGACCAGUUGCACACACCUGUGGAUCAGUUUUGGAGCUACCCUGUACAUACAACUCCUACCCAGAGCUACGUGUAGAGAUGGACAAUGUACUGACCAGUAACUACUACACUAUGGAUAUUGUGUAG